AUGGCGACGGGCGCGUCGGCAAGGGAUCCGGAGGAGGGAGGCAAGCGCGUGGGCGAGAGAGAUAGCAAGGAGGAAAGUGGAGGGGCCGAGCGCCGCCUCCCUUGCCGCCCCCCUCCGCCCGCGGUCGGGUUCGCCACCACGCGUACGGCCUCCCUCGCGCUCUGCGGCUUCCUCAUCUUCCUCAACGUCUUUGCCUUCCUCCUCGCCGUCGGCGCCGAGCAGCGACGCAGCACCGGCAAGGUGGUGCCGGACGAGUACGACGAGCGCUCCUACUGCCUCUACGACACCGACGCCUCUACCGUCUACGGCGUCUGCGCCUUCUUCGUGCUCCUCCUCGCGCAGCUGCUGGUCUCCGGCGUCACCCGCUGCCUCUGCUUCGGCCCCGUGCUCUCCUUCACCGUCUCCUGGUGCGCCUCACUCAAACCCUAG